CCUAAUAGAGCUACAAAUGAAUUACAUCACACUACAUAGUAUAUCACUGUAUGCUAGUACACCCUAUAUCACUGUGUGCUAGUCUGUAUCAGUUUGUACUUGUUUCUGUCGGCAUGUUUGUAUGUCUGACUGACUGAAUUAGUGAAUGUCUGUCUGACUAGAUCAGAAACAUUUAGUAUUCAGCCCACCACAGUACUAGUCUGGCAAACACCUAACUGUGAAUCACGACAGCCAGGCCAUCACAGAACAGCCUAUCAGUACCGUCAAGCAUCAUCUCAUCUCAACUCAAUAACAAGCAGGCAGACUACCGGGGAAAAACUGAGCAUCACUUCAACUCAAUAACAGCUAACGGCACGCUUCCUGGAAUUACUAUGUAAUGAUUAGUCUGAUAUUUAUGGAACCUACUGUUCUGUGAGGAGAUUGUACAGUAUCCUGUUUGCAUGAUGUAGUAUAUGCUAUUUGGCAGAGAUUUAGAUAUAUAAACACGCUCUGGGGUAAAGUUUCUCCUAGGUACAGAUCUAGGAUCCGCUUCCCCUCCCCCAAUCCUAACCUUAACCAUUAGUGUGGAAAAUACUAAACUGACCCCAGAUCAGCAUCUAGGGGCAACUUCACCUUACCCCUAUGACCUUCAGCAUUGAAACCAUUGCUGUCCUUAACGGCGACCCACCUGGCCCCAAACCCCCCAAGGAGCACUUCUUCUCCUCCAGCGAGUCAGAGGGAGAGGAGGACCACCGGAAAAAGUUUAAGAUCAAGAUCAAACCGUUACCAUCGGAAAGUGCCAACUGUUUGGCCCCGUCAGUAGAUGAACUCAAAGCCUCCAUAGGCAACAUAGCUCUGUCUCCCUCUCCUCUGAGACGUAGCCCGGGGUUGAUGAAUAAAGACUGUAGUGAAGAGAUACAGGUAGCUCGGCCAAGACGCUCUGCACCCAUUGCAGCCCCCACGUUAGCAGCCCCGGUGCUACAAGCCCCCAGAAGUAAGAAAUCCCCAGCAGUACCACUACCAGAGAAGGAACCAGCCCCAGGACCAGCCCCAGUACCAGAGGACGCUACAGCCUUAUUUGGACCUCCCCUGGAGACAGCCUUUAGAGAGCAGAAAACUGAAGUGGGAAUAUCUGAGCAGGUGGUGUGUGACGUGUGGGGUGCUCCUCUACCUGAGUCUGAGUCACUGAGCCCAGACUUCUCUUUCACCAGAACCUUCUCCACAGGAACUCCGCCUCCGCUUCUGCCCAAGAAUGUCCCAACCUCCCCCCCUCCGACCAGCUCCCCCUCUGCAGAUGCUGCCGAAUUGUCAGUAUCGACAGAAGGCUCAGAAAGGAAGACCUCCAUCCCAAACCUGGACAACAUUUUCGGCCCAGCGGAGCCCUCUGCCUUUGGCGAGGAGUCUGCCGACAAGUGGGUCUGCUUCAGCGAGGAAUUGGCAGCCUCUGAAAGACCGCCCCCUCCGAAGGACCCAGCCCCGCCCCUAUCAACGUCCCCAGCCCCUCCAGAAGAUCCCCCCGCCUCUCCUGUACCCACCUCCCCUCUCCCUUCGGAAGACCCUUCUCCCUCUCUCCCCCCUCUCCCUACCUCCCCUCCCCCACAGGAAGAACCGUUUUCUUCUUUACCCACGUCUGAAACCCCUACAGAGGAACCAGCACUCCGCCUACCCACAGUCCCACCCGUGCCUAAAGACCCUACACCCCCACCCACACCACUUCCACCAAAGGACCAUACACCACACCCCACUCCUCUACCCACCAUUGUCCCCCCUCUUGACCCACCCCCCAGCAUUGCCCCUGUUCCCCCAAUCCCUUCACCCCCCAGUGUUGCCCCUGUCCCCCCUGCGGUCCCCUCUCCUCCCAAAGCAAGAACACCUGUCUCCCCCACCAGCCCCCCUGGCCAUGCCAUUGUGGACGAGCCCUCACGCACCAUAGCCCCACCCCUUGUCUUUGUCGAGGAGGAACGGAAGAAUCCUGAAGGGGCAGCUCCGCCUGUCCCGCCUGCCCCAUCGAACGAGGGCCUUGUUGAAACCGCCGCCUCGCCCAAAGCUGUUGGCCAGGUGUCCCGUGCUGCCCCUCCACCUCCUCCACCCCCUACGUACAGGGCAGUUGUGUCCUCGCCAGGACCCACGACAGAGGGCAUGGGUAGUGGAGCAUCCUCUCCGGCUCGUCCUGCUACACCGUCAGCUCCAUCAGCGGUUUUCAGCAGCCCCACCCCGCCCCCUCCCCCUCCACGCCCCACCUCACGACCCAAAUUGCCCCCUGGAAAACCCAGCAAGGGGGACAUGAGCCGGCCCUUCAGUCCCCCGGGCAGUCACUCGUCCAGCCCCCCUUCCAUUGCCCCCGUGGCCCUGGCCCGGGCCGAGAGCACUUCCUCUAUCUCCUCCAACAAUUCCCUGAGUGCAGCCACCACCCCCACCGUUGGUAAAAAUCUCACCCUUUCUGUGUCAGAGAAUGACCAGCCUUCCCUGGUUUGGUUUGACAGAGGGAAGUUUUAUUUAACCUUUGAAGGCUGCUCCAGGGGACCCAGCCCUCUCACCAUGGGGGCCCAGGACACCCUUCCGGUGGCGGCAGCUUUUACUGAAACGGUCAAUGCCUUCUUCAAAGGAGCCAACCCUAACAAGUGUGUUGUGAAGAUCACAGGCGAGAUGGUGCUGUCGUUUCCAGCGGGGAUCACACGGCACUUUGCCAAUAACCCGUCCCCUGCCGUGCUAACCUUCAGCAUAACCCACUACAGCUGGCUGGAGCAUGUGCUGCCUAAUCCCCAGCUACUCUGCUGUGACACCGCCACAACACCCAACCCUGACUGCAAGACCUUCUGGGUGAACAUGCCAAACCUGAUGACACAUCUAAAGAAGGUGGCCGAGCAGAAACCCCAGGCCACAUACUACAAUGUGGACAUGCUCAAAUACCAGGUAUCAGCGCAGGGCCUCACGUCGACCCCCCUGAACCUGGCAGCCAGUUGGCGUUGUGAACCUACCAGCACGGACCUCCGAAUAGACUACAAGUACAACGGCGGCUCCAUGACAACGCCCGUGGCGCUCAACAACGUCCAGUUCCUGAUCCCCGUAGACGGAGGGGUCACCAAGCUACUGGCUGUGCUUCCCCCCGCCGCAUGGAAUGCAGAGCAGCAAAGAAUCCUGUGGAAGAUUCCUGAUAUUUCCCAGAAAUCUGAAAAUGGAGGCAUUGGCUCAUUGUUGGCCCGGUUCCAGCUGUCGGAGGGCCCCAGUAAACCCUCUCCCCUAGCGGUCCAGUUCACCAGCGAGGGCAGCACUCUGUCAGGCUGUGAUAUAGAACUGGCUGGGCCAGGGUACCGCUUCUCACUCAUCAAGAAGAGGUUCGCUGCAGGAAAAUACUUGGCAGACAACUGAUACUUCAUACUACUACUGAACAAAUACACUGGAGAUCAUCAUCUCAAUGAACUAAUGAAAUCCCAUACUACAGAGGACAGACCUACACCACCACCUCCCUACAGACAGACACUUCUUUCUAAACCCGCGAGCCAGACAGGCCAAGGCCGCACAGCCUACUGUACCCAGCAGUAUUGUAUAGCUUGCAUAUAGUCUUGUGGACCGUUUUAGGGUGUAAUUAUUGUAUUUGUAAAAUGUAUUCAAAUUGAUUAAUUUCAGAACAUCUGUAUUGCUGCUGCUUUAGACACCCACCCGGGUUUCCCUCUCUAAAGGUACAUGCUUCUGCCUCUCUAUCCCACUCUCUAACGUGUGGUGUUCAAACUUAAACACUGCUACAGCUACCUAGCUACUCAACCGCAAAAUCACAGUCUCGACCGUUAACCUACCACAUAAUACACUGUAUUUAUUUUAGAUGCGACAUCAAAUAUGUGCUAUUAGGAGAGGAUGUAUGAAAAGACCAUUCGGUUGUGCCAUUGAGUGAACUAAGAUGAAUAGACGCACCAUGAUGUCACACUCCUCCAUUCAGUUUGAGGGGCUAAUUCUUGCUUCUCGCAUGCCUCUGAUUGGACACGGUUAGAGCUACCAUGAAAUGCUGGGUAUUGGAGUUUUUAAGUUGUUGGUUUUUAACAGUUAAUGCGUUACACACUGGCACAGCAGAUUUAAAGGACAUUGUUCAUUUGGAUGGUGACCAUUACCAGACUCCUCUCUCUUCUUUGAAUGCAGUGAUUUAACACCGGGUUCAAACAUAUACUCUCAACAUUUUCCUCAGAAAAUAUCAGAAAGUCCUGAGUAGUUAGGCAGCUGCAACAAUAAAUACAUUCUUAUUUGCAAUAUAAAACAAAUAUAAUAUGUUUCCCUCAAUAAAAAAACCUGUACAAAGUCUCAUUUUAAAUUGAUAAUAUAUAUAUCUGAAAGGGCGUUUGGUGUUUUCCUUGUAUUGUCAAAUAGCCUUUCUGUUGUUCCUGACACAGCAGUGGUAGACUUACUUCAGAGUACAUUACAGCAUUCUAUUUUUAUUUAUUGAUGAUAAUGAUUUAAAAAGUAUGUAAAAAGUAUGUGAUUCUAUAUAUGAAUAGAAUUUGAAUGGUAUCGCAAUUUAGAAUGACGGUAUCAAUAUUCUAAUGAUCUUUUUUUGUUAUCUGUGUAGUUGAGUAACCUGUGUACAGUAUAAUGUAUAAGGUAUCAUUUUAGAAUUGAUUUCAGAUAUAUAAUUUUUUAAGUCAAGUGCAUCAGAAGAUUUGACUACAGUAAUAAUGUGCGUGAGGGGGAAGAGGAAUAGUAACCUGGAUGCGUACGUCAGGCAGUAUGAAAGCAGUGUUAUUUAGAGUUACACUAAUAGUUAUUACCGUGGAUAAUCAGUCAGGUUUUGACUAUGUUAUGCUCUGUUUCCAAUCACCUCAAUGUGUUAUUCUGCAUCAAACAGCAUGAGCUCCCCUUCGGAUCAAACCAACCAGCGCUUGAAUCAAUGGCUUUAUUUUGCAUAAUGGUAAUGGUCUCUGUGAGAUGACGAGGUUUUGGAGGGAGGUUAGAUCACCAAAACGCUUUUUGUAUUUUAUGUGUGUACUCCAGACAGUCCUCUAAAAGAUAUAGAAAUAAGAGAAAUAAGCGGAAUAUUUUUUUAAACAACAAAAAAAACAUCUUGUUUCAUGUGAAGAACACUGUGCUGAUAAUGUUAGAAACUUCCUGAAUGCUCUGAUAUUCAACAUAGAGAACAAAAUGUGUGUGAUGACAUUUAACUUAAAAGGUCUCCUCGUGUGGGCAUCACAAGUAUGUCAGCAUACUAUCUGUACUUCAUGAAGCUACAUAGCACCAUUUAUACGCCUGCCUUAGAACUGCCAUAGAAGUGUCGUACAUGUCCAUUUUGUCUGACCAUUUAGUUGGCAUUUCUAAGUAAGGCAUCAAUGAAUUGUGUCAUGUAGCUCUCUGUAUAGCUGUUUAGUGAGUAACACUUUACUUGAACAUUAUUGUACACACCCAACUAUAGUUAACAGAAAUGACAUUGGUAAUGUUAUUACUGUUUAUGAACUAUGUAUGAUCUCUGGUCGUGCUUAUGAUGGAGAGAGGGUUCAAGCUAAGUGUUACGGCAUGGAUAAUGUAAUGUGUGUCUGCAUAAAGUUACGGUAUAGUGUUAAAGUGAAGUGGUCCACCAACCAAUAGACUCGUUGAUCUGUUGUCAUGUUAACUGUGAGAACUGAAGACCAGAGCAGGAAGUGUGUCUGUGUGUGGCGUGCUAAGCUCGACUGCUUUGGGUUCUGUACUGUUUCUCUGUCAACCACAUGUGCAAGCUGUGUUUGUACGGACAAUGUUAAGAUGAUCUGAUGAGAAACUAAGUUUGCUUCUUUCCAAAACCAAUAAAAGUUAUGAACUGGACAAAUUUUUGGAGCAGUCUUUUUGCAACUCACAGCAGAAGUUUUAUUAGUCGUAGGUACAGGAUACACUGUCCAACAAACUUCUUACUUACAGGUUCCUCCUCCACAAUGCAACUACAAUAAGAAAUGAUACAAGAUAAGAAUACCAACAUAAAGUAAAUGCCUCAAUAGAAUAUAAUAAAUAUUUUGCAUGUUGCUCGAAUUCAGUUUAUUCUGUAUAUCCUCCACCAAUUUUGUGUUCUGAUGUACAGUGCAACACAUCAAGGUUGGCUGUAACAACAUUGUCUUAAAGCCUUACUAGGAAUACACUCCUUCUGCCAUUAAGAAGCUGUUUAUAAUUGUGUGCGAUGAGGGAGAUGUAACUGUAGUAUGAUUAGCCUUUAAUUCAACGUACCAUGUGUUCUGUACAUAUGUUUGUUUCAUUUUAUAUUUAUAUGGAUAUAUUUGUUAUUUCAUCUGUUUGUGUUAUCCAAUGCACAGGAUACUGAAUAUGAAAUUGUUUAAUGUGAUGUACCGUACUAAUGAAAUGUUCUAAACGAAUGCAGAAUGAUCCACCUGAAAUAAAGGAGGCGUAUCAAUUA